UGUCGCACCGGUGAUGCAUUUCUUUUCUACGCUGAGCUACAAGCUGCUUUAAUACGUGGAGGAGCCACGCAGAUGAAAAAUCCCAUGCAUACGAAUGAAGAAGACACUUGCAAAUCUAUCCAGCUGACAUUCUGGCAUCAGCUGAAGCUUCAUGAUUUCAGUUUAUGCUUCCAGUGACUUUCCCAGUAUGGAUUUGCAUGACCACACAGGCAGCACCAGCACUUCUCAUGCACAGCAGCCGGUGGAUGUGUUAAACUAUUUGUCCCCCGAGCAAUGGUCAUCAACAUCGUUUCAAACUCCAACCAGUCAUGAAGUGCUGAGCAUAUCGUCUCGGGUCCCUUCUUCAAUCCUCACACUUGUGCCCCACGAUGAACCCAAAACUCUCCUACACUUAGACCAAGACUUUCUAUGCUUUCCUGAGGUAACAUCAGAGCUUCAGUCUGUUGAAACUCCAUCUUCUUGCUCUGUGUCCUUAGAGGCACAAGAUCAAAAAAUCCUGACUUCACCACUUCCUUGUAGUGAUAAUCUUCCAGACGUUCAGCAGAGGAAGCCGUCAGAUGGAGGCCCACUGGAGGAAGGAUCAAUAAGUCUGAAGUUACUCAGAGAGCAAGAACAAGAACCAGAUUCAAACCCUCAACCCUGUAUAUCUCGUGAGCUGUUAGCAGUUGUGGGAACCCCAGUCAUCAUUACAGUGAUCAUAAUCUCUGCUCUCUUAGUCAAGUUCCUGGCGUUCCCCUCUGAGUUCCAUGUAUCACCUCCGUCCUGUGGUAAGAAAUGGAACUGCAUUUUCCCAACUCAGCAGCCUGUUUUGUUUAAGAACCAAACAGAAAACAUCACUGCAGACUGCCCUGUUCUGUUCAAUGAUGGCCGGCGUAUUGUUGGAGGGACCUUAGCGCCAAAGGACAAGUGGGGCUGGCAAGUCAGCUUGCACUUUAGGAAGACUCACACCUGUGGUGGCGCCAUCAUCUCCACCCACUGGAUCAUCACUGCAGCUCACUGCUUUGUUGAGAACAACAUUCUUGAAGCCGCUGACUGGCUGGUGGUGGUGGGAACAGUCAGCCUCAACUCUCCAGGGAAACAAUACAGAGUGCUGCAGAUCAUCUACCACCCUUCUUACAACAAUAGCAGCACUGACUACGACAUGGGGCUUCUGCGCACCAUCACUGACAUGGACUUGACAGAUGGGGUGCGACCGGUCUGUUUACCCCGUCGAAGUGACUCCUUUCCUCCUGGAACACCCUGUUGGAUCACAGGCUGGGGAGUGACGACAGAAGGAGGAACUGCACCAGGUGAGCUAAUGGAGGCUCAGAUAACGGUAAUAGCUCAGUCCACCUGCUCCAGCUUUAAGGUCUACAGCAACCGCAUAACCCCUCGGAUGAUUUGUGCGGGCAACUUAGACGGAGGAGUGGACUCCUGCCAGGGAGACAGCGGUGGACCCCUGGUGUGUAAGACACUGAAUGGGGACUGGAGGCUGGCAGGGGUGGUGAGUUGGGGAGUGGGUUGUGCACGGCCCAAUAAACCAGGCGUCUACAGCAGAGUAACAGAGCUACUUCACUGGGUUGAAAUGAAAACAAAGGUACAGUUGGAGCCACUCAGUGUUAUUAAUGUAAAGCCUGUCUGUCUUUUCCUAUCUUUGAUCACUGGUAGUCAAACUACAGUUUGUAAUGUAGUUGCUGCAGCUCACAUAAAUGGAGCGAGUUUAUAUUGUAUGCUACACUCACAAAUUCUGUAGGAACAAUAUUAGCCAGGGAAUGUGUCUCCAAAAUGUGUUAAUGUUUAAACUACAAGGGUUGCUGGAUCACCUCAUAACUUUUUGGACUGUCACAUGAACAAAAAAAAAAUGUAAAAAUCCCCAAGUUCAAGGUUAAAACCUCCUUGACGUUAUAUAAACCAAAGUGUUAUACUAGAUUUAUGCUCAUGUGAGGGGAAAAAUGGAUACUUUUGUAAAAUAAUUCUAGGAAUACAAAUCAAUACACUUUUUUGCACAGAGGGUGUGAUGAGUGAGAGUGCUGAAUAGCAUGUGUUGCAUAGCCACAGAGCCUACCCUACUGUAGCUUUUUAAAAAAAAACAAAACCUUGCAGAACUUUUUACUGGCAGAAAGCACUCUAAUCAAUGGAGUUUAUUCAUGGAGCAAUGUCAAGCCAUUUUUUAUAAUGAUACUGGUGUUUUCUGGUGUCUAUUGUCGCUGCAGGGCGCAACAAGGGAAUAUGAGGACACCACAACAGCCAUGACCGAAGUUUUCUCAGAGCCUGCCACUUAAGUGAGAUAACUGACAAUAAAGAUU